CUACUGUACGGCACACGCCAACACAAGCGCAGAAUCGACAGCAUCAAUGCUAGGACUCGCUGUUCUUGAUUGUACGCUCUAGAAGUAUUUUAAAACUAUGUAGUAGAAUAAUUAAUUGUAUCUCUUUUUCGAUUUUAAAUGCUGAUUUUACGUAAAUUAUAUGAUUCAUUUUUUUUGCUUGCAAAUUUCAUCGGUGUUAUGAUUUGGCUCGUUAAAUGAACAAUACGUAACAAUUGUUCUUAAAAACAGUGGACCAAAAAAAAAAUAAUAAAAAAAAUUAAUAAAAGAUACCAAAUUGGUUCAUAUUAACAAUAUUCAGUUUAGUUUUACUAUCAAAUGGAUAUAAAAACACAACUCAAGUAUCUAGAUCAAAAUAUGUUCACUUACAGAAAGUGAAAAAGUAUAAUGCUUAGAAAAUACAAAUAUUAAUUUAGACACACAUAGAGGAACAUCUCGUAAGGCGCCAAUAAGUAAGGUACGUCUGGUAAAUGACUUUUUAAAAACCUAUCUCGGCUGGACUACUGGCGACCUUUUGAAUAGGUAUGAAGAUAGAACACUUCAGAAAAGAAUUUGUGAAAAUUGCAUCACCCGAUAGCAUUCUUUAGAGCAAGUAGAACUGAAACAUCUUUUUUUUUUUCCAAUUAAGUUAGAGUUGGCUUUGAACAGCUCUACACCUUUAGUAAAAAACGUCAUUAUCAAAAGAAAUAUAAGGGAGAGGCAAGUGGUAAAGCCUCAUCUCUACGUUGAAAAAAUUAGGUCAGCACAAAUGCUUUAAUAGUGACAAAUGCAAAUAUAUUAUAUAAUAUACGAUAAGGUUUUAUUAAAAAGCAUAUUGUUUUGUUGUUAAGAAGAAAACUAAUUAAAAAAAAUAGAUUUACAUGCAAAUAUAGAUCUAAACUAUUUAAACAAUUCUUCAGUAUCAAUAUUAUGAUAAAUCUAUACUGAUCAACCUCUACGUACUUUUCAAUUAUCUUAAUUAUGAGCACGUAUUUAUUAAUUGGGUUGAAGAAGGUACUAUUUGGAUAUUGGUGUUUUAGCUGAUCUAAUCAUAAUGCACUAAAAAGAAUAUUGAUACAUUGUUACACAGUCUUCUUUCAUGAAAUAAAAUCGAAUCUGUGUCAAGGUCCACCUCUUCUUUGUGACAACACAGACGUCACCCAAGACCACGUCAAAUCCGUUGGGGACGCCUUCUUCUUGCCCCUCUGUGUCAAAGCGUACGUCCAUACCAACCUGACGGUAACAUGGAACGGACUGAUCUUAUCAACUUCCCCGAACAGCUCCCACCGUUUCCAACUCAAACGUUCCCGCCGUCUGCUGGAGUGGGAUGUCGGGGUGUCCAUACGGACCAUAGCCGCAUCUGAUUACGGCAGAUCACGUUUGAGUGUUGCCGGAGGGGAGCCCCUAGAGCUCGUGGUUCACAUUUUAAAGCCAAGUAAGUUUCUUAGUUAAAUUUAAAGGUUGGGUGGAAGGGGCGGGGGGGGGGGGGGAAGCGAAGAAGCACAAGCCAUUAAAAAAAAAAAAAAAAAAAAAAAAUAAAAAAUAAAUUAAAGCCAAGUAAGUUUCUUAGUUAAAUUUAAAGGUUGGGUGGAAGGGGCGGGGGGGGGGGAAGCGAAGUAGCACAAGCCAUUUAAAAAAUAAAUAAAUAAAUAAAAUAAGAACUAAAAGAAAUUAACCUCAAACCACAAAAUAGGUAAUUACCAAGUAUGUAAAGAUACGUUGAAAUCUUAAAAUAGCAUUAUGCUAUUCUCCAAACGCAUGAACUUUUGUUUCUUAAAACAGAUACAGUCAGAAACAUCUACACGAAAGGGCUGAAAACAGUAAUUAUUAUUGCUGUCCUAACAUUUGUCGUUGUGGGCGGCACAGGUGUUGUGAUACACGUCAUCUGUCGCUGUAAGAAUAAACUUUGUCAUUGUUACUAUUUCUUUUUUUUUACAAAUCUUAAAACAUAUUAUUGAAAGUCUGUACCUAUAGUUAGGGGGAUAUUCCAUAAGCCGUACCAACAAAGAAAUGUUGUUGAAAACCACUUAAUCUCACUCCUUUCUCCUUUGUUUCUGCUUAUUUAAUAUUAGUUAAAUUAACCUUUAGACGCAAUCAGAUAUUCUAAAAUUAAAGUAAUUCAUUUUUAAAUUUGUUCAAAUGUGUAUACUAAACAAUUUUUAAAAAGUCAUAAUUUAAACAAUUUUUUUUUUAUAGCAAGCAAUUUAUGAACCAAUUGAAAAAGUUUUACUUAGAUAAACGUAUACAUAUAUAUAUACACACAUACGUUAAUUUAUGUGGAUUUCUGAUAGGUUUAUAUUUACUUUAUGACUUAGUGUUACAAUUAAAUUCAAUGAAUUAUUACCAUAAACUAUCUAACGUACGGUAAAUGUGUUAAACAUCAUAUGUAUUAUAUGUGAUGAAAUCGUCUUUUAACAUGAUUUCAUUUCGGCUUAAGUUUCAUGAAAGAAUUGUUCCAUCUCUUUAACAGGUUUGCAUAAACUGAGAGACGCUAUAGUAGGGACCAUUAGCGAACAGCAGACUACAGCACUUUGAAACUUCAUCAAUGGGAAUCAACUUUCAAAACAAAACUUGAAUAAAUAAAUAACAUUUCUU